AUGAUGAUCAAAGCUGGUUACAGAAGGUUGAUGCGGUUUCACCUUCCUACGGUUCAGAGAGAGAGAGCAGAUAAAGAUGUAUUCCCGAGUCUUGAAAAUGCAGCUAUGAUCAUGCUUUUGGCAGAGAAGAAAGAAGAGGAAGAGAGAAAAUCAAGAGGGAGAUUUGCGAGGACUGACUUAAAAUUGCCUUCUCUGAACUUGUUUAUUGGACAAACUGCAUUAACUUGGCUUGAGUUCAAAAAUGAAUAUCUAGAGAGAAGAAUGAAGCGAAAGCUCUGUGUAUUUACUGUGAUUGCGAAAAUGGCUGCCUAUAGUUUGAAAAUAGUUGCAGCAAGGCAUGGUUAUUUUGCAGGGCUGAAAUUAUUGAAUUUUCUAGACCGGUUUGGCUAUCUUUGGCACAAGGCGGGAGUUUAUGGAUAG